CCCCUUGCGCGGACCCCCGAGGAGGCCGGUGGGGAUCUGGGGGUCGCAGCCGCCUCGCCUGCCCCCCCCCCCCAGAGCAGACUCCCGGGCCCCCACCCUGCUGCGAGGGUCCGUCCAGGGCCUUGGGGCUCGGAGACACCCCCCACCCCCACCUUGCCACUCUUCCCCGACGGCCCGGACAGCGGCUCCGGCGGGCGGCCAUCCCCGGGGGAGCGGAGGGGGGGGGCGACUGCCUCCCGGCUUGUCCGACGGGGUGGGCCACUUCCCAGCCGGGCUCGAGCCUCCCCCCACCCCCCUCCGAGCGAGCCCCCUCCCCUGGGUUCCGCUCCCUCGGGCUGCCGGCCCAGCCCCUUCCCCGCCCCUCGGCGGGCCCUAUAGAGGGGAGGGAGGCGGCCGGCGGUCGGGCAGAGAGCCGCGCCGUCAGUGCCGGGGUUGCCAUGGCCGGCAAAGCGCCGCUCGCCCUCCUGCUGGCCCUGCUGGCCCUCCUGCUGCUCGCCGCCCUCCGCCGCGCCGACGGGAAGCCCAUCAGUUUGACCUACCGCUGUCCCUGCCGCUUCUUCGAGAGCAAGGUGGCCAAAUCGCAGGUCAAGCACCUCAAGAUCCUGACGGUCGCCGGCUGCUCCCUCCAGAUCAUAGCCAAACUGAAGAACAGCAGCAAGCAGAUCUGCCUCGAUCCCAAUCUGAAGUGGCUUCAGGGAUAUCUGGAGAAAUAUGCACCCAAGGAAGAUACCAUGGCUGGAAGAUACCAGAGCAGAACCAUGCAGAGAUUUAAAAGGCGAGCCAAGAUAUAAGAGGCGAGAGCAGGGCGGGAUGCCUCGCUGUGGGACCCAGAGAGCAGAUGGUCCCACUCGUAGGGACCGCGGCGUGACUGCUCCCACGCGCUCCCGGAGGCUUUGAGUUGCACAGAACGCCUUGCUUUCCCCAGUACUGCCUGAUGUAGCAGGAAUCUUUCAGACGCAGCUUGGUUUAUUACAUAGCACUAAUAGUGGCAGCAGAGGGGAACUUAGAGUAACCCAGCUUUGUAUGACUCUUCCUUUAUGCUGAGCAGAACCCAGACACUUUGGGCACCAGGAGGUAGCUGCAGAGGGGGUCAGAGUGGAAAGCAAGUGGGGGGAGGGGGGAGAGGGAGGGAAAGGGAAACCUUACCACUAGCUGCAGAUAAAAUGUCCCUUUUUGUGUUGUUGGUUUUCUUUUGGCAGGGCUAUGCUGAAAAUCAGGCUGUUCUAGUGGCUGCCAGAAUUGAUGCUGUGGUGGAAGGGGAGAAAGGCCCCCGGCAUUCCAUGAGCGUGCAGGCCGACCCCCUCGUUUCAGGGGGAAGGCCGCCCCAUGGAUGGAGACCUGAACUGGCCCAAUGCUUUCCAGAGUCAGGCCUGGUCUGCGCCUGCUCCUUGCCUUCCUCCGUGGCCAUUUCCUCACCCUCCACCCUAGAACCAGGGCAAAUGGUCCUUGAGCUGCGGCCUUGACCUGAAAUUAGGGUUGCCAGCUCUGGGUGGGGAAAUACCUGGAGAUUUUGAGGGUGGAGGCUGGGGGGGGAUGCGCUUUGGGGAGUGGAGGGACUUCAGGGGGAGUAUAGAACCCCAACCCCCUUCUAAAGCAUCCAUAUUCUCUUAAAUCAUUUGUCAUUCCAGGAGAUCUCUACAUUGUCAUUCCAGGAGAUCUCUCCACAUGGAGGUUGGCAACCUUGCCGGGGACAGGGGGGGCGGGGGAGGGAAACCCACUUUCCUUGGUCUGUGCUGCUUGCCCUUCUCUCAGGGUCUCCAGCUGAGCUGCAAAGCUCAUGGUUUCAGCUCUGGCAGCUUCUAUGCUCCAUGGAGUUCCUGUGUUGGGGAAGGUGCUGUAGAUAAGCGCCCUGUGCUUUCAUGAAGCCGCCUUGUCCUGAAUCAGAUGGGCGAUGCGUCAAAAUCGGUCUGGUCUACUCAGGUUGGCGGUGACUGUCCAGUAUCGCAGGCAGGAGUCUUUUACUGCACCUCCCACCAGGUCCUUUUUAAAACUGGGAAUUGAGGCUGGGGCCUUCGGCUUGCCAAGGAGGGGCUCUGCCAGUCGGGGCACAUUGUGUUUUUUCCACUGCAGGGCUAUAGGUGGCCCCCACUUCCACCUCCCGAAGGUCACCUGUGUUGGUUUGCAGUAGAAGAGCAAGAUCCAAGUCCAGUAGCAUCUUAGAGACCAACACUAUUUCCCAGGUGCGAGUUUUUGAGAAUCAAAGCUCCCUUCGUCCGGGACUGCCCACCCCCCUAGAUCACUGAAACAGCCAGGGCCAUGUCUUGGUUGGGUGUGAAUGGUGAGCACAGCUCGACGGAGGACCCCUUUCUGCACAUGGGACUCUGUGCCCUGAGGGGGGUUAUGGGCUUUUGUACACUCUCUGGUGGAUUCCACACAGCACAAAUAUAAUGCCUUUAGGACAUUAUAAAAAGUGUUUUGGAGAAGAACUUGGCGCAGCUCUCUCCGCCAAAAUGAGUUCAGCCUGUUAUAUUCCUCUCAACCCUGGUUUUUCAAGGCUUGCUAAACUAGUGAUCUCCUCUGCCCACAAACCUUGGCUGGAGACCUGUCCUGCUGGCUGAGUGAAUGCCAGCAAGCAGGAAAUGCUUCAUUUCUCCUGCCCAAACCUUUUGUUUCCACCACUCGCGCCCACCAUUUUGUGUGCUGCAGCAGAUUCUCUGUGAAGAUUCCCCCCAGAGGUUUCCUCUGUUUGCAGUGACAUAAUUAGAGAAGCUGCAGUAUGCGCAUGUUGGUAUCGCUGUAGCUUAGCAGACAUCCUCCUCAAAACAAAAAAAAAAGGAAAAAGGACUUAUGCACAGGAUCGCCAGACAAGACAGACUUUAUUCAUCUGCUUUCUACCAUGAAAUAGCAAGCUGGUGAGCUACAAGCAGAGGAAAUGGAGUGGGCGCCACUGUGAAACUGACAAGAGCUCUGUGCAGCAGGCGGGGAAAAAGAUCUGUUUUGGCUGGCAACGGUUGUGUUCUCCCGCACUGUGGGAACACAAAAUGCCCAAAGGGUUUUUUUUUUUUUACAACGUUGUAAGGACAUUAUGUUUAUGCUGUGUGGAAUCCACCUGUUUGAAACUAGGAGGGGGAGCCCCAAGGAUUGUAGCAUGUGGGGUGCAGAACUGGACCCCCCCGCCCUGCUCCCUGCAAAAUUACAAUCCCACUCUACAAUCCCACUCUGUCUUGCCGUGCCUUCUCUGCUGAAAGAUAAGAGAGUCUUGUCUAGACCCCAAACAGUCAGUCACACAGUAUCCCAAAGCAGUAUCAUUAGUCUGUGUGUGGGGCCCUUUUUAGCCAGGGGGAGGCUGAGCUUUAUGAGCCCUUUGGGGAUAGGGCGGUAUAUCAAAUUCAAUAAAUAAUAAUAAUAAUGAUUGACAGUACCCUGUUCCAUUUUGACCCAAACCGCCAUGCCGGUGGCACUGAACACCGUGGCAGCCUUGAGCAAGCAAAGCUGACCCUCUGCACGCGGGCCCUGUGCCGGUUCCAGCUUCCGUGGCCUGAGGUCUCCCCUCCGUGUGAGCUUGGCUUGCAACACUGAAGAAUAACAAAAGCCAUUUUGGAGUGUAAGGAAAGAGACUGGCUUCAAGGAAGUUAAUGUCCCAUUAAUGUGAACAAAUUCACCAAAAAAGCCUUUUAAACAGGCUGUAGCCUCAGGUUUAACUAAUAGUCAAAAUGCACAUUUAUAUGAUGAUAGCCGGGCAAAGGUGGCACUUCUAAACAGAUUUGGAAAUGCAAUUGCUCCCAAAACAAUUCAUGAGAAAUAGUAAAUUUACCUAGUGAUGGGGGGGGGGGGGGGGGAGAACGGGACCGUCUGUCUGCCCUACCUGUCUCCCUUCGUUAUUUUAACUGAUACAUUGAGGUGAACAUGUAAGAAAAUGUCAUACUUAAAGUUAUUUUAUUUGGGGCUGGAUUUCUCUGCAGAAAUUUGAAUUACAUCUUGCGGGCAGGGCAAUGCGCAGAAUCCGUCUCCAUCUUUGGCAUUUGAAACUAGUGCACAACUAUUUCUUAGAAAAACAAAUGACAGGUCUGGCUUGUGCUGCCUUGAUGGAGGUACCAGUUUGUAGCCACCUAAUCGUGUCAGGUAAUAAGAGCUGUCUCCCUGUAGACUGUGCAGUAUUUAACAUAUGUUUCGCCCCCCCCCCCAAUAGAGAAUUGAUGAAGUAACUUAGAAUUUUUCUGCACCUCUCACUUGCAAUGGAAGGCUCAAUUAAUUGGAACACCCCCCCUCCCCAUAAUUGCCUGCAAAAGGGGAUGCCUCUUCCUACAGAUCACAGGAAACCCUCCAAAGAAUGCUGCACAGCUUUUAAUAAUUAGUGGAGUCAAUCAGGUCAAUUAGGCAUUAAAGAUCCUCUUGUUUCAAGUUCCCAUCUCAGCUGUGAAUGGAACACAGGUGCAGUUUAACCCAUUCUGUGCCUGUUGGAAUGCCUGCCCUGUUGCACGGUGGGCCCUGCUUCAUUGCAUAUCCAGAGAGGCCAUUCUGCAGAGAUGGGGGCGAUGGGGAGGGGGGUCGUUUAAAUUUGAUUUGCCUCGAGCUCAGGCCCCCAAGUGAUUCUUCACAUCCUGGCAACGCAUAAUGUCAUGUUUCUUAUUUCCUGACAUGAAGAGCUGCUUCCGUGUUUAAUUUUGCUGGGGGAAGGUGGGCCCCUGAAAUUCAGAUUUUGACACUGAAAUCCACAGUUCCCAAGAUCAUUCGACUAAAAUGGUUGUGAAAUUGGAGUUUACUUUUCAGUGCUGUUGAGUUUCCAUUUCCACUCCGGUCAUUGGAUUCUGACCGUUCGGCCUGCCGUUUUUUGGAUACAAAUGCGGGGCAAGUAUUGACGGUUUGAAGAAGAAACACGGAUGUGUGAUGGCCAUGGCUUUCACCCUGUGAUCUGGGGGACCUUGAACUUCCACAGAAGGGCUCCCUCCAUGGAGAAGUGUCCCAGAGCAGAUCUAUGACUGCCGAUCCUGAGCUUUGGGUCGUGCUUUUAGUUCGCCACCACUGUUUAGUUCAUCUGGGGCUUCAAAGUCUUGGCCAGGGCUGCGUGGCCGUGGUCUGGUAUUCUACUCAUACAGCCCAGAAAACCCACAACAGCUAGUGGUCCUUAACCACUAGUCCCAAAUUCCCUGCUCCAAUACUCACCUAGAUCUCUCUCGAGUCAACGUUCACAAGGGGAGAUAUGUUGGGUGGGGGGGAUUGGGAGCAGACAAGCCAGGGGUUAACUCUGGAGGCCCACCUGAGACUGGACUGGCACAUCCAGUGCUAUUUGCAGAGGUUCCUCAGCGGCUGUGCUCCCCAGUGGAGGAAAAGCCACAAACUACUGAAUGAGAGCCAUCAGCAGCCUGGAUCAGGCGUCUGACAGAAGGGCAAGGGUGGCUGUAGGAGCCGUUCACACGGCCAAGCUGGCCACUAUACGGGAGCCACUUUUCAGUUGGUAGCAAUGUGGUCACGUGCCUGUUGCAGCUGGCGUGUGUGGGAUGGCCACGGCACGCUUCAGGCCCCUCUGUAGUUUUGUUUGUGGAGAGCACUUGUGGGGGUCUGCCUCCCUUUGUCUUCUGUAACUGGACUGAAAGCCAGCCCUGCAGAGCAGCUUGCUGGGUUGAGCUGCUUCUGAACGUGGUUGGGACGUGACUGGCGCUGGCUUCUCGUGUGUGACCUUGUCGCGAAGUUUCCCAAGGAAUGUGAAAAGAAAUGUGUUUUCAAAGCUUUAUUUCAUUGCAUACUUUUUUUGUAAAAUCCAUAUAAAAUAUCAGAACCACCAAAGUUUGUAUCAUUUUCUUAAUAAAAAAAUUGUAUUAAAAAGUU